GUGGGACAUGACCCAGCAGAGACCUUCACCUUCCACUGGUGGGACCACGUCUUCAACAAGGCAGCGGCCAACGUCACCGUGGAGCCUGGGCAGGAUGGCAUCUCUGUGAAGGUCCUUUCUGAGCAGGGAGGGAGGAACAUCAGCACCAAGAGGCCACUCAAGGUUGGCAGCACUGGUGACCUCCUCUACGGUCGCUUCGUCAAGUCAGCCACGCUCACGGCCCACGGGGAGGAGUCCUUGAUGCUCCACAAUGAGGAGGAGGAGGAAGAACUGGACCUUUCUUCCUGCAGGAGGCUGACGGAUGAGGAGCUGGUGGAGGCGUGUGGAGGUCGCACAGCUCACAAAGGAGCUCGUCACGGCCUGACCAUGAGUGCCAAGUUGGCACGUCUGGAGGAGCAGGAAAGAGCUUUCCUGGCCAAGUAUCAGCACAAGGAGAGGCAGCAAGAGGUCCUGGAGAGCAGCCAGGGCAAGGAGAAGAGGAAAAGGAAUCAAUCCAAGGGUGGAGAGGACCUUGAGGUGCUGCAGAGUCAGGAGUCAAGUGGACAGGAGGUGUCAGGAGGGGAAGAGAAG